CAGCAGGGUACAAAUCACACAAAGUUGUUGGAUGAUAUGAAUAUGGACGCAGGCUUCAGCAGUCCCCCCAAAUUGAGAAGGUCAGUGUCUUUAUCCAGAAAGCUUGGGGAGAUCGAGUCGCCACUGAUUCCAACUCCUGUCAUCUGUGGUCAUACUCCCCUUGUUGAUCUUCCAAUGCCCACACCUCCAGAUAGUAGUGGACUGAGUGAAUUAUCCUCGAGCAGUAUAUGCUUGGAGGGAGCUCUGGUGGAACAGGCUGUGGACAACCUACUGAGUCUGCCUGAAGUUGUAGGUCAAGUCAGUGCCAUACAGAAGGACCACAAUAAGGAGUUAGAAAGACAGCUCAUGCAGCUUAAAAACCUACAAAAUGACAUCAAAGAAAGUAACGCAAAACACAGAAGUGUAAAGCAAGAAAUCUCCAGUAUUGACCGGAAGACUAGGAUGAUUGAGGAGGAAGUGAUGGAGAACGAGAAGCUGUGUCAGGCUCAUCAGAAACAAAUAGACUCAUUGGUAAAGGUUUGUGAAAGCCUUAGACAUCAACUGACAACAAAGCAAAAAGGCUUGCUCACAGAAACAAGUAAGCAUGCAUACUAUAUGUCCAAGAUGAAAACCUACAAAACACAAGUGAAUGACUUUGAAAUAUCACAUCCUGCCCAAAAGAAACUUGCUGAACUGCAACAGAGACUUGAAGACCUUAAGAAACAAAAACAGCUUCUGUCCGAGAAUAUGGAUGAGUUUUUAUCGGUGAGCACUGGCCAGAGAGAAGCCGACAUCAAGGAGAUUGACAAGGUGAAGUUGGAGACUUGUACAUGGAAAGAAGAGAUGCUCCAUAAACAGAAGAUGUUAGAAGAUUUAAAGCAUCAAGAAGAAAAGAUCCAAAUAGCCACUUCUGUUUUACAUAAGCGUAAUGCAGCACAGCUUACUCGGUUAAAAAGACAAGUGAGGGAGCAGCAACUCCGACAACGGCAGUGGCAUAACCAGCACUCUCAGCUACAACACAGCAUUGCAGAGAUCAGCAAGAGGCUGGCAGAGUGACUUCAACAGAGAUAAGACAUGUACUCAAAAGAAGUUCAAGAACACCCGAUGGCAUGACAGGUUAACGGGUGUUCUUUAACAUCUUUUGAGUAGUAUAUAUUGAAUAGGAGUACAUUUCAGUAUUGAUAUACUACUAAUUUGUUUGUUAAUCUAAGUGACCAGAUGGGAACAGAAUGAGACUGAUUGCUUGGAGUUGUUGUCAUACAAAUAGUAUUUGAUUUUGCCAAGGAACUGGUACAUUUCUAACUUCUUAUCAAGUUAUGUUAACAGUUCACAGUUCAAUAAGUUGUUGUCCUUAGUUUCAGAACAGUAUGAAAUAUCUCAGUAUUACUAUCAAAUGUUGAGUAAUACAUCUCAUUCAAUUGCCAUGUAGAGUCCCUUUGUUAGAAUAAGGGGUAAACUCACAAAACUGGAACCAAAUAAAUGUGAAAACCUAUCUAUCAUGGCUUCAGUUAAGACUCUAUAUGUCACUGACUGGAAUGAAGUUCAGUUUACUGUUCAUGAGAAUGGGCAGAGACGAUGACACAAGGUAUGUAAUGUUUUAUUACAAAUUCAGAAGGGAAAGGCAUUAAAUUAGAUGUGACGACUUAAAUUUCAAUACCAGUUUACAAAAUGUUUAUUUACAAUCAUGUACAUGUUUUCAAAUAAAAACACUUUGAGGAAAAAUUAUGUUCAAUUUUUACUUCCUGAUUUGAAAGGAAGAAAUCUCACCAAAAAUUGUUCCCUUUCCAUAUUGAAAGGGAAUUUUUGUCUCGGUGAGUCUUAAAUAUCUUCCUUUCAAUAAUCACCCCAUACCAAUAAUAUCUCCUCAAAGUGUCCUAUACAAGGAUUCAUCGAAACUUUGGAAGUGAGGAAUGAAACAGUGUUCUCACAUCCGAAAUAAUAACGAAAUAAAACAACCAAAGUCAAUGAUAUAUUUGCUCCUGGCACGGACAAUUGGAAAUGAAGAUAAUAUAUCCUGUUCUUACCUUCACCUUUGAGAAACAUUCCCUCCUAUGAAA